CGGCCCCGGAGCGCGGCGGGGCCGAUGGCGAGGUCCGGGUGUCCCGCGCGGGCCGCGGGCUCUCGUUCCCGUGGAGCUCCGGAGCGCGGGGACGCGGCGCGCGACCUGCCGAGGGACACAUCUGACAUGUCAUUUGAGGAACUGUUGGAAUUGCAGAACCAAGUGGGAACCAAGGCAUACAAACAAUUGGCAAAUGGAGACAGUACGAAGAAGCAAAGCUCUAGGCAGCCUGCAUGUAUUGCAGAUAAGCACAGGCCGCUGGAAAUGUCAGCCAAGAUCCGAGUGCCAUUCUUACGUCAGGUUGUUCCCAUCAAUAAAAAGGUGGCUCGGGACCCCCGCUUUGACGAUCUGUCAGGGGAAUAUAAUCCUGAAGUAUUUGACAAAACGUAUCAAUUCUUGGAUGAUAUCCGAGCAAAAGAAAAACAGCUUGUGAAAAAGCAGUUGAAGAAGCACCGCUCCGGGGAGCAGCAUGAGAGGCUGCAGCAGCUGCUUCAGAGAAUGGAGCAGCAGGAGACGGCCCAGCGCAAGCGGAAGCGGGAGCAGGAGCUGCGCCUGGCGCAGAAGCGGGAGCGGCGCGCGCUGGCCCAGCAGGGCCACCGCCCCUACUUCCCGAAGAAGUCUGAGCAGCGCCAGUUGGCCCUAGCUGAAAAGUUCAAGGAGCUGAAACGCAGCAAAAAGCUGGAGAGUUUCUUGAGUCGCAAGAGGCGCCGGAAUGCGGGCAAGGACAGAAGACAUCUCCCAUUGAGCAAAAUAACAGAACUGUCUUCAUCUCCUGCCACUGUGUCAGAACAUAUGGAUUCAUAGGGUCGGAUUUGAGGCUGGCCAGUUCUGGUCCUUUCCUGCUGAAGGGCAAGGAUCACAGCCGUUGCUGAGCUGGUCCAGCUCAGAAGAUCCCAGGGCUCUUGGACUCCCCUAAGCUGAGCAAAAGGAGGAGCUGUCGUGUCACGCUGCUUCUGCUUGGAUCUGCUUCAUGGUGGCCUCCUUCUAGCCUUGUCUUAAGCCAGGGGUUCUAGUGCAGAAGAAAGAUGGCCAUGGAGUCUUCACAGUUCCAGGGCCAAGAGCCACCUCAGAAGUAUUCUUGCCAGGUGUGGAGGCCACCCUGAAACUACACAGUGAAUCGCAGGUCAGCCUGGGCUAGAGCAGGACCCUACCUUGAAAAC